AUGUCCGAUCCACUACUUACAUCCCUAUGUGGCAUUUGCCAUAUCUCAGCGCCGAAAUACACAUGUCCACGAUGCGGUGCUCGCACAUGCUCACUUGGGUGUGUAAAAAAACACAAAAACUGGUCUGAGUGCUCCGGUGAACGCGAUGCGACAGCCUACGUCGCCCCCUCCAAACUUCGCACAGCCGCCGGCGUCGACCACGACUACAACUUCCUCCAUGGGAUCGAACUAUCUGUCGAACGCGCCGAGAAGCUGCUCGUAGAAGAGCGCAAGAUCGUGCAGCAGGAAGAGUUGCGCCCGUUGACGAUCCAAGAGGUUAAAUGGAAACCUGGCCGAGAUGGACGCAAACGCAAAGUUCUCGUCACUAGAGUUUUGCGCGAAGCAAAGGGCCGAGAAUUUGAGAGGCACUUGGCUGCGCGAUUGAAGAAGCUCAACAUCAACAUCAAAUGCGCGCCAUUGGGUAUGGCUAGACAGCAGGAGAACGUCACGACGCUCAACAGGCGAACAAUGAGGAUCAAUUGGCUGGUGGAAUGGAUGACGAUCGAAGACACCACAGAUGGCGUGUUGAAGAACACCAGGGCUUUGUCCAAGGUCAUGGACGAUAUGCCUCUAUACCAGGCCUAUCAUGCGUUUUUGGAGGAUCAAGAUGAAAAGGCGAAAGGAAAACAGUCCAAAAAGGUCCCGAGACCGGGGUUUGACGGACAAGUGCAGGAUUCGACGCACUCGACAUGGUCAUCUGGAUCAUUCGCCCUUCAGGACCCAUUUUCACAUACUUGGAAGAACUAUCACGAUACAGAGCCCAGCAUGUGGCCUUCGCAAAAGGACAAGGCUCAAAAACAGCAAUUUCAGUACUUUCUGGCGAACCAGAACUCGCCAUCACACGAACCUGUCGUCACAAAACUUGACCCAGAGGAUUGUUUACGAGAGGUCCUUAAAAACACAUGCGUACUCGAAUUUCCCACAAUAUGGGUUCUCAAACAUGAUCAGAGCCUUCCCGCAAGCUUUACGCUGGGACCUAAAAAUACUGUCUCAGGAGGCAGUAACAAAAGAAAGAACCCACCUGGCAAGAAGGGUCCUACGAAGCCGAACAAGAGGAGGAACAAGGGCAAGGAUAAGGAUAUAGAAGAAGGGGAGGUUAACAGCGACGACGAGGGGGAUCAGUCGGAUGAUAAUGCUGGUGUUGCGUUUGAGGCUGGCGAUGUUAUUGCUGAGCAGAGUUUCGGGGAGGAGGAUGACGACGAUGAUACAAGUAGCUCUGGGAGCGAUAGUGACUGA